CGUCGGAACCGUUACUUCCGGGUGUGUUCUAUGGAGAAAUCCUGGAUCGUCUGGUUGUUUUUGUGUCUUCAAAGAUAAAGAAAAGCUCAGAGGUGAAACACACGUGGGCAAAAUGAACAGGAUAUUCGGACGCGGGAAACCUAAAGGGCCCCCCCCCAACCUGUCGGACUGUAUUGGUAAUGUGGAUGCCAGGUCAGAGUCCAUAGAGAAGAAGAUUGGCAGACUAGACGCUGAGCUCGUCAAGUACAAGGAUCAGAUGAAAAAGAUGAGAGACGGGCCCUCCAAGAACAUGGUGAAACAGAAGGCGUUGAGAGUGCUGAAGCAGAAGAGAAUGUAUGAAGGUCAAAGGGAGCAGCUGGCUCAGCAGUCUUUCAACAUGGAGCAGGCAAACUACACAAUCCAGACCCUAAAGGACACUAAGACAACAGUGGAGGCUAUGAAGAUCGGUGCAAAGGAAAUGAAGAGGGCUUACAAGGACGUCAAACUUGAUCAGAUUGAUGAUUUACAGGAUCAACUGGAGGACAUGAUGGAAGAUGCCAACGAGGUACAAGAGGCCCUGAGCCGCAGCUACGGCACUCCAGAGAUAGACGAGGAUGAUCUUGAAGCAGAGCUGGACGCACUGGGUGAUGAGCUGCUGCUGGAUGAUGACAACACCUACCUGGAUGAGGCAUCAGCUGCUCCGUCGAUCCCUGAGGGAAUCCCCAGUGACAGCAAAACAAACAAGGACGGAGUGUUGGUGGAUGAGUUCGGCCUCCCGCAGAUUCCUGCCACAUAAACCAGGAGCGGGUCAAAACCACUGCACUUCACCUGAAAACACUUUUAUAUGUAGAGUAACACUCAAUACAGUGGAAAUCGAUUGAAGUGGUCAUGUUUGUCCCGGGACAAAAUUAUUACUAAAAGCGAUUGACAAAUUCUGUAGCUUCUGUGUUAUAGUUCUGGAACUUGAGGGAAAGCUAACAUUGCACUCUUGCGUAUGCGUGCGCACACAAUAAUUCUGUCCCAAGCUUUUUGAUCCAUAUAGAAGGUUGAUCGCAAUAUCUGUGAUCACUAUAAGCCGUUUCCACUGUACAUACAAAAACCAUUUGACCUGAAACACUACGAUUUUGAAGUUGUGUGGUUAUGUGUUGUUACUACUACUGUACUAGCAUGUGGCCUUUUUAAAAAACAUAUUCUUCUCCUUCUCUGCCCUUCGGCCUCGUGUCUAACACUUGACUUCUCAUUCACCCUAGUGUUAAUUUAUUUUAAGUUCUGUGUGUUGUUUGUGGUACAGAUGAUUGCCACUCAUCUAUUCAAAAUAUCUUUAGGCUACUUGAAACAUGCAAAAUAAAUAUUGUGUUUUACAGCAA